UACGAGUAUAAAACCCUGAACUGUACGUAUUAACUUUGUUGCUACCCGUUGCUUAAAGUUUUUUUUUUCGAUGGAAGAAAACGCGCCGACCCAACCGCUCGUCGAAGUAGACGUCCAAAAAUCAUGGAAUAUAUCUUCAAAGACACCGGGAUUUAUAGCCGUGAUAUUGUUGUUUCCGUGUGUGAUUUCUGGGGCCAUUUUGGGAAUUACUGGCGUGUCGAAGUGGAAUUUACCUCUGACGUACGAUAAUUCGACGUGGUUUGCUAGUCUGGCUGCUUUGGGCGCGGCAGUGGGAUGUCUGCUCUCGCAAAGCAUGAUGAACGAGUUCGGGCCCCGAGGAUCGGUACUGCUGAGUCACGUGAUCUGCGCCGUCGGUUGGAUUUUGACGUUCAGCAGUUCGACCACCGCUUAUCUGUUUGUGGGCCGCACGCUCACCGGCGUGUUCGUGGGCGUCGUGACGGUAGCGGCCACCGAGCAAAGCACUGAGUGUUUCCCAUUCCGGCCCGCCGCCCGGCCGAUUGUCUUCAACGCCGUCGGCGUGCUGUGCGUGUACCUGGCCGGGUUGCUGCUCAACUACGAGCAAACGGCCGGCUUGGCCACGGUGGUCACCGUCGUGUCGUUCUUCCUCGUCUUGUUGUUCGUGCCCGAGAGUCCUGAUUGGCUGGAGUCUCACGGCUUCUCCGGGGACGCCGAGUACUUCCGGCACAAGUUGAAGUUCACCCACCUGACGGUCGGCACCCGGACGCUGAAAAGCGUCCUCAGCACCGGACACGGAUCCGCGGCUGACGACGAGGCCGUCAAUCAGCACCACCAGCCGGACGUCAAAUCCAUGACUGAAGACGGCGUCUAUCGGAUCCUCCGCUACUCGGACGAAGAAUCCCCGGCUGCAGAGGAUGCUUUCUAUUCGAACAUCAUGCAAUCGGACGUUUUCCGGCCGUUCCUUACGCGCAGCGUGCGCCUGGCCCUCCAGCAGAUGUCCGGCCCGCUGGUGUUGGUGACGUACGCCGUGAAACUGGUGAACGACUCGGGAAUACGCGUGAUCAACGGCCAGUACGUCGCCGCGGCGCUGGCCUUGUUCCUUGUGGCCGGCGCCUUCGUGUCCACGGGCAUUGCCCGCCGGGCGUCGGCGUCCAAGCUCGCCGCGAUCGGCACGCUGACGGCCGGCGUUGUCAUCGUCGUCUACAAGUACUUCCAACGGUACGGCUCGAAGCUGGUGGAGAACCUCGUCCCGCUGCUGUGCCUGAUCGUGUUCUCCAUGUCCAUUAGCGCCGGCCCGAUGCCCCGGUCCACCGCCCCGCGUUACAAGACCGACGAGCGCGUGGUCGACAAUACCACCGUGGACGUCAAGACGACCCUCAAGUACGUGGGCGACAGGACCCUGACCGUAAAGACCCUGGCCGUCAAGACCGUGGACUGCAAGCACGAGGUCGGCAAGACCGUGGACUGUAGGCACGUGGCCGGCGAGCACGUGGCCCUAGCGUUCGGGUACGCGGUCGCGUUCGCCGUCAUCAAGUGUUAUCCGUACGCGCAAGCCGCUUACGGCUGGUGGGUGUUCGCCUUUUUCGCGUUGGCGUCCGCCCUGAACAUCGUUUACGGCAAAAUAGUGUAUGCCGAACCGAAGUCGUCCAAACAGUCUUUGGUCGAACCGGCCGUUUAACUAUACGCCGCCGCGAUGAUCGCUCAGCUUAAAUAAUAUUUUUUAUGUUACCUAUCACGUUUUGUCGUAUUCUCCAACACGAGAUUUAAGAAUACAUAAUAUACGACAAGAGAAAACAAUUAUUCAGAGCAGUAAACGCGCACUCGUAACCCACUCACACGCUCAAACACAUAUUAUAGAUAAUGUAUUUGUGUAUGUCUUCAUUUUCGCCUCAAUUUUUUUAGGCGUGGUACUUGUAUUUUAUAUUCAAAAAAAAAAAAAACGAUUUUUUAUAUUGUACAGUAUUUUAUUAGUAUUUAAUAUUUAUUAUAUUUUACCCAAUCUAAAUGUUUAUAUGAGAAACAAUAACAUAUUAUUAUUAUUGUAUUAUAAAUACCGACACAAACUGUGGCUUUGCAUUCUUUAUUCUUUGGUAUAUAAAUUAUAGAUCCUUUGGUGUGAUUAAACAGAGCAAUAUAAUAUUUUAUAUAAUAUUAAAAAUACGUCGCGAGAUUUUUUUCAAUAUUGUAUAUUGUUAUUGUUCAAUGUCUAAUUCAUCUACGAGUGAAGUACGUGUAAUGUAUUUUCAUCUUUAAAUUAUUAAUUAAAUUCAGUGUUAUGUAUAGAUAUCUAUUUACGAUUGAGGAGGAUUUAGCAAUUUUAGACUGUUCCCUUAAUGAUUCACUAAAUAAUAUUUAUUUUAAAAUUGUAAUGAUGUUGUAACAAAGGGUUAGGCAUUGAUAGAUUUUGUUUGAUUUUUUAUUGUUUUUUUUGAGGGUACCUAAAUGUACUAAACAUAUUUACCUGUUUCUGUAGUUUUAACUUAAUGAUAAAUUACUUGAUGAGUUAAAAAAAAAAAAAUGGAGAUACAUCAAAACAAGUAUAAGAACACUACUUGUAAGUAGAAAAAAAUAUGUGGUAGGUGGAUGAAAAUGAAAAUAAACUAAAGCAGUGGCAUAGCAAGAAUUACUAAAAGGGAGGGAUGUUAAUAAAAAAUCUUAUAAAAAUUAAAUUUGUAUUGUACUAUAUAAAUAUGUGUAUAAAGAUAUUUCGUAAACCUUCUUAUUAUUUUAUCGCAUAAUAUGCCAAAUAAUAGCCAAAAUGCAAUAAAAUUUUAAACUAAUGAUUAAUUAAAAAAAAAUUAUAUUGUAUUUAAGUAUAAUAAGUUAAAUUUUUUUUUUUAUUAAGAUUGUACUUAUAAGUUAUAAGUACUUAAUAAUUAGUUACUUGUUAAAAAAAAAUAUUAAUUGCAAAUACAUUUUUGUAUUUGCAUCACCCUUAUUAAAA